AUGGACUUGACUGGGCUUGGGUUUGCAGAAACAUAUGACCUGCAAGUCCCCUUUCGCUCUAUUAGAGAUGCAACGAAUGACUUUUCUGAAUCAAAUAAGCUCGGACGGGGUGGAUUUGGUGUUGUUUACAGAGUAAUACAAUAUCAGCCGGGUAGUCUUUGGGACGAGAUAGAUGUAGCAGUGAAAAGGCUUUCUAGAGAUUCUUCACAAGGAGAUAUAGAAUUCAAAAAUGAGGUUGAACUAGUGGCCAAACUUCACCACCGGAAUUCAGUUAGGCUCCUUGGUUUCUGCCUGGAAGGAAGCGAAAGAAUUCUUAUCUAUCAGUUUGUUCCAAACGCAAGUCUCGAUCAUUUCAUCUUUGUCAAGCGCGAACAGUUGGAUUGGGAUAUUCGCUACAAGAUCAUAAUUGGGCGGGGACUCCUUUACCUUCAUGAAGGUUCCCGUCUUAAAAUUAUCCAUCGUGAUCUAAAAGCUAGUAACAUUCUUUUAGAUUCAGAAAUGAACCCCGGAAUUGCAGAUUUCGGAUUGGCAAGAUUAUUUGAUACAGAUCAAACACGAGGUGAAACUAAUCGAAUUGCGGGGACCUACGGAUAUAUGGCUCCAGAGUAUGUAAUGCGUGGACACUUUUCUGUGAAGUCCGAUGUUUACAGUUUCGGUGUGCUGGUUUUGGAGAUAAUAACCGGACAGAAAAAUAGUUCUUUUCGGCAUGAAGAAGAUGCAGAGGUUCUUCUAAGCUACGACUUGAAUAGUUGGAGGGAGGGGACAGCCUUAAAGUUAAUAGAUCCCAUGCUAAGAAGUGGUUUUUCAGGACCUGAAAUAAUGAGAUGUAUUCACAUUGCAUUGUUGUGUGUGCAACAAAGUGUAGCUGCUAGGCUAACCAUGGCUGCAGUUAACCACAUGUAGAGCAGCGACUCUCUGAGUCUCCCUGCACCCUCACAAUAA